AUGGGGGAUGCUCCAAUCCCAGAAGGGAUUUCCUCCCUUCUCGAUACGGAUUUGUACAAAUUGACGAUGCAAUGCGCGGUGUUAAAGUAUUUUCCAGACGUUGAGGUUACCUAUGGCUUCACAAACCGUACUCCGGAUAUGAAGUUGUCGCGCGGGGCAUACAAAUGGUUACUAGAGCAGAUGAAGCGACUCGAAAAUAUAACCAUCACACCUGACGAAAUCGACUUCCUUCAAAAAUCCUGCUCCUACUUCAACGACGCCUAUCUCUCAUUCCUACGCACCUUCCGACUCAAACCCUCGCAACAAAUACAAAUCAAAUUCACACCUGACGACAAGGACAAUGAUAACGACAACGACGACGUACUAGGUAUACUAGAAUACACCAUCGCAGGUCUCUGGGUCGAAACCAUCCUCUACGAAAUCCCCUUACUCGCGCUCACGAGCGAAGCAUACUUCAAAUUCUGCGACACAGACUGGAAUUAUGAGGGUCAGGAAGAGAAGGCAUACGCCAAGGGUAUGACCUUACUCGAACACGGGUGCAUAUUCUCUGAAUUUGGCUCAAGGCGGCGACGCGAUUAUCAUACCCACGACCUUGUGAUGAAGGGUCUUGUACAGGCGGCGGCGGACGCGAAACGGCAGGGGUUUCCGGGGACGUUGUCGGGGACAAGUAAUGUGCAUUUUGCUAUGAAGUAUGGUGUUGCGCCGGUGGGUACGGUAGCUCAUGAAUGGUAUAUGGGGAUAGCGGCGUAUACGAAUGAUUAUGAGAAUGCGAAUGAGAUGGGGUUGAGGUAUUGGUUGGGAUGUUUUGGGGAGGGGGUCCUCGGAAUUGCGUUGACAGAUACAUUCGGCACUCCGGCUUUCCUGGAAGCAUUUAGCAAACCCAUCCCAGAUUACACCACUCCCAGUCGGGGAGUAGACACAACCUUCCCAUCCAGCGCUGCAAUAACAGUCAACACCACCCCCGAAUCUCUAGCAGAUAUCGAACCACCCAUUAAAGCACCCCGCCACCAUCAACAACCAGAACAUAAACCAAAAACAUACGCACAAGUCUUCACAGGCGUCCGCCAGGAUUCCGGCGAUCCGCGCAACUUUGUCCGACUCGUCCGCGACUUCUACGACAAACAGGGCAUAACCGAUAAAAAAGUAAUCGUGUUUUCUGAUUCACUCAAAGUGAACAAUUGUCUAGAAUACAAGGCUAUUUCGGAACAAGCUGGGUUUCAGCCUACCUUUGGCGUGGGAACGUUUUUUACCAAUGACUUUACAAAACUCUCGACAAAUACAAAAUCCAUCCCGCUCAACAUCGUCAUCAAAAUCUCUUCUGCAGGUGGUCGGCCCGCUGUGAAAUUGAGUGAUAAUCUGGGUAAGAAUACAGGCGAUAAACAGUUGGUGCAAGAGGUUAAGAGGCGAUUGGGAUAUGUUGAAAAUGUUUGGGAGGAAGGGAAUGAGGCUAAUAGAUGGGGGAAGAGGGGUGAUUAA